UCUCAUAAUCCUCUGCGACUUUUUAAGUGGCAAGUUUUAGUGAAAAUGGCGAAUUCCGAUGAAUCCAAUCCGCUUUUACCGAAUCAAGAAGAAAUUGAGAUGGCAAAUGAGAAGAAAUACGGCGUCCCCGUCGGCAAGAAUGUCGGAGCUCCGCUCCCUGCAGCGAUCCCGGUGGGAUGGACGACCGACGGUCUACCCGUGUCUGAAUCCAUGAUGGAGAGGACCCACUGGGAUUCUGGUCUCUUCUCUUGCCUUGGGAGGAACGACCAAUUCUGCAGUAGCGAUCUUGAAGUUUGUAUAUUGGGUAGUGUGGCUCCUUGUGUGCUCUACGGAAGCAAUGUAGAGCGGCUUGGAUCAUCUCCUGCUACAUUUGCUAAUCACUGCUUGCCUUACACUGGCCUGUAUCUAAUGGGGAAUACGAUUUUCGGCUGGAACUGUCUUGCCCCUUGGUUCUCCUAUUCCAUCCGUACAGCCAUUUGCGGCAAGUUUAAUCUAGAGGGAAGCAGUGAGGCACUUGCAAGAUCACGUGGGUGCUGUGGAAGCUUAGUAGAGGAUGAAGUUCGACGAGAGCAAUGUGAGACGGCCUGCGACUUUGCUACUCAUGUCUUUUGCCAUCCAUGCGCUCUUUGCCAGGAGGGGCGUGAGAUCCGUCGUAGGCUUCCACAUCCCGGCUUCAAUGCCCAACCCGUCCUAGUCAUGAUUCCCCCCGGGGAACAGACCAUUGGCCGUCGAGUAUAAAUGCUUUUCUGUGUCAUAUGAUCAUUCAUAGUAACUGUCUACUUUUAUACAAUUGUGAUGGUUGUUUGAUUCACUUG